AUGAUAUUUAAAAGGGAAGACGUGGAAUUCACUUACAAGUACUUUGUUUAUAAAUACAUCUACAUCAAUAUCGUUGUUCUCUUGUUCACCCUGUAUUAAUUUCAAGGGGCUCCUUUUGCUCUACCUCUCGGCUGCAUGAUAUUAAAUGAACUUGUGAUUUGGAUUAAAUAUUCAGGUGGAUAGAUAACAGACAAUGUCGAUCACGUUCUUCACAUAUUAUUUUAUAUGUAUGUCACAGUCAUCUAUUAUUUAGAUUUAAACUACUAUAUUUUUAGCAAUACAUUUGUAGUUUUCUCUUUCAUUUUCAAGAUAGCUUGUGAUAAAAAAUGUGAAGAGCAUUAUGAAUAUACUACAAUUAUACGAUUAAGUAAAAUCUUUUAUCGAUUUUCAUAAUUGAUAGCAAUAUUUUGUAUCACAUUAAAAUUAAAUCGAUAUGUAGAUUGGACAUGGUCAUAAACAUUUUGGUGGUAUUGGAUGUUUUUAAGUGCUUUAAUAGGAUCCGCAAUAACAUUUUUAUUGAUUUUAAUUUCAAAAUUAAUUAGAAUCCACAAUAGCGCAAUAAUAAACCACUAUAAAAAUGAAAGUAUAGCCUUAUAAUCUAAUUUAGUUAAAAUUCUUUUGUGGUUAUUGUAUAUCGCCUCUUUAAGCAGUCUAAUAGCAGGUAUCUGGAUAGUAAAUACUUUGAAUUUACUUGGAAAUAAUAUAAAUAUCGAAAUAGGAGAUUUCUAUAUGUACAUUACAAUUUCUUUGAACAUCCUCAUUUUUUUUGGCAUCUCUUACUUGCUUUUCAAUUCUAUUGUUGAAUUUGUGAUAUCAAUAAAUUAAGUUGAAUCUAGAGAUUCCUCUCCAAAAAUAACUACUUAGAAUACGGAAAGAUAAAUGAAAAAAGAGUUAACAACAACAUCAAUUUUCAUGUAGAAACUGUCAAAUGCUUACUUCAAAUAAAUAAAAGAUCUAGAAGGGGUGACACUUAAGGAUACGAAUUAGAAUGAAAUAUUAACUGAGAGGAAUGUGAAUAAUAAAAUUAUUAAAAAAAAUAAAACUAGCCCCAAUAAUUCUAAUAAUAAAUGCAUUAUUUGUUGUGAAAAGCCAAAAAAUGCAAUACUAAUGAAUUGUGGUCACGGAGGAAUUUGUUAUUAAUGUGCAAUUCAAAUGGCUUAGAAGCAAAAGGAAUGUUUUCUAUGCAGAUAGAUAAUUUAGUUUAUCUAUGAAGUUGAUGAAAAGGAUGCUAGUAUAUUGAAAAGAGUGAUUUCAAAAACUAGAAUAUCCAAUUGA